CUGGAAGAAAGUGUGGUCGAGAUGAAGACUCUGGACGAUGAACGUCUGAACCAGAUGAAGACUCUGAAAGAACGUCUGCAAAAGAUGAAACAUCAGAUCGCAAAAGCCGCAAACAAAAAUGAAAUUGAGAAACUCAUGACUCUUGUGGACAAGAUGAAGACUCUGGAAGAUGAACGUGUGCACCAGAAGAAGACUCUGGAAAAACGUCGCGAAAAGAUGAAUAAUCAGAUUGCAAGAGGUGCAAACAAAAAGGAAAUUGAGAAUCCAAAAGAGGAACGUGUGGACCAGAUGAAGACUCUGGAAGAAAGUCUAGAAAAAAUGAAACAUCAGAUUGCAGCAUCUGCAAACAAAAAAGAAAUUGCGAAACUCACUCCACUAGUGGACAUGGUGAAGACUCUGGAAGAACGUUUGGACCAGAUGAAGACUCUGGAAGAAAAACGUCUGGAAAAGAUGAAGACUCUGGAAGAAGAACACCUGGAAAAGUUGAAAACUUUGGAUGAACGACUAAACCGCAUGACGACUCUGGAGGAAGAACAUCUGGAAAAGAUGAAGACUAUAGAAGAACGGCUGGAAACAGUGAAGACUCUUGAAGAGGAACACCUAGAAAAUAUGAAAACUUUGGAUGAACGGCUAAACCACAUGAAGACUCUGGAGGAAGAACGUCUGGAAAAGAUAAAGACUCUGGAGGAAGACCAUCUGGAAAAGAUGAAGACUCUGGAAGAACGGCUGGAAAAGAUAAAGACUUUGGAGGAAGAACGUCUGGAAGAAAUGAAGACUCUGGAAGAAAAAUGCCUGGAAAAGACGAAGACUCUGGAAUCACGUCUGGAAAAGAUUAAAACUCAGGAAGAAGAACACCUGAAAAAUUUCAAAACUUUGGAUGAACGGCUAAACCACACAAAGACUCUUGAGGAAGAACGCCUGGAAAAGAUGAAGACUAUAGAAGAACGGCUGGAAAAAAUGAAAACUCUGGAAGAAGAACGCUUGGAAGCGAUGAAGACUCUGGAAGAAAGACACCUGGAAAAUAUGAAGAUUGUGGACAAUCAGAUUGCAAAAGUUGCAAACCACAUUAAGGGACUCCGACCAAUUGUGGACCGGCUGGCGGAAGAAGCCAAGACUACGGUGGCCUUCACAGUGGGGGCGGGAGUUCCUAAUUCUGACUACACACUGGUCUACGGGCAUGUGUGGAUCAACUUGGGCGACGCCUAUAACGCCAACACGGGUGUGUUCACAGCCCCCAUCAAGGGUCUCUACUUUGUCUCCUUCACCUGCGCUGUACAAAAAGGGUAUGUGGUCGCAAGUGUGAUGAAGAACAUCGAAGAUGAAGUACUCUCAGUGGAAAGCACCAGCAAUAACAAGUGGGGCAGCGCUACCAACAGCAUGGUGGUGGAACUGCGGGAGGGAGACAACCUUACUGUUUACUCGGCUAGUGAACAUCUCGUCAACUCCAAAUAUGACAGCAUUUUUACUGCUUUUCUCAUCAAGCACAUGUAAACUACAAGUCAUCCUCAUUUGACUAAUAUUCAUACACGAUCAGAUUAUAUUGAUCCUUAUAUUACUAAUAUUGAUAAAGCAUCAUGUCAGGUUCAAACACUGAUGACAUCAAUUAAACAGACCAAGAAGCAAGGAAUCAAACAGAGACAGAAUUCAAUUUAGCUCGAUCGAGGAGAAACGCGUAGACACUGUGCCCGUGCACAGUGUCGUCCCACGCUCUGACGAAAGAUUGUACGCCUUGUAUUUGGACUUUCCCGGAUUACGUAGCAACAGCUGUUUCUAAGGGAGGGAGGUCGUAAACAGCCAUGGCCUUUGUUACAAAACAGUUCAAAGAAAAGGUGCCUGGAGGGGAGGUCAGGCCCUGCUUCCUUUCCGCUUUGUAGAUCUCGGGUCUAGACAAAAUCUUCCUGUGGAUUACAAUACAUCAAAGAAACCGACGCCUUUCAUGUCGCUUCCCAUCCUACGCAGUGGAGUUUUACAAACCCUUUGCUUGGUAGGAUCAAAGACAGCUUUUGUCCUCUCUCAUUGACACACAAAGUUGUGUGAUAACUUAGAUACAAUUAUUCUGACAUAUCAGACGAUAUUGAUCCUCAUAUUACUAAUAUUGAUACAUUAGAUGAUUAUUGAUCACUACAUAUAUUGUGUAUAAAUUACACAUAUAAUAACCUACUCAGUGGCCUUGUGGUUAGAGAGUCCUUAUUGAUACCAAUAAUCCUUAUUGAUACCAAUAUUCCGUAUCGAUACCAAUAUUCCUUAAUGAUACCAAUAUUCAUUAUUGAUACCAAUAUUCCUCUUUAUGGUAUAUAAUGAUGUGUUAAUAAAGAUAAUA